AUGGGUUUUAGGAGAAAUCUUAGAAGAUCAAUGGGUGUUCGUCUACCUGGAGCUAUUCUUGCCAAGCAAAUUCUUCGCAGAUCUGUCCUAACUGCAAAUAUAACAGCUUCAGCAUCUGCAGAAGUACCAAAACGGUUCCUUGCAGUGUAUGUUGGACAAACUGAGAAGAAGAGAUUUGUGGUACCAGUAUCCUAUUUGAGUCAUUCUUCCGUUCAAGAUUUACUACGAAAAGCAGAAGAAGAGUUUGGCUUUGAUCAUCCAAUGGAUGGCUUGACGAUUCCUUGCAGAGAAGAUUUUUUUGUUGAUGUUACUUCUCAGCUGAAUAGAUCAUAAGAAAUUGCAUUGAAACUAAUCAGUGACAACAAUUUUGUGUAGAAUACAUUACCAAUGGCUUGUAAAACAGUUUUCUUCAGAACUGACUGCAAAAUCAUACUUCUUUUAUAUAUAUUUUCCUUCUCAA